GGGAGCGGCGGGGGUGGGGUCCUCCAAGCGGGCAGGGGGCGCUGUGACAGGGGCGGCGGCGCUCUAGGCGCGGCGUCUCGGUGGGCGGAAGUGCGCGCGGGCGUUGCUAUGGAGGAGCUGAGCGCGGCCCUGCAGGCCUUGGCCGAGCCCGCGGGGCCGCACCCGAGGCUCGGCGCCUACAAGGGCCGCUCCGGGGGGGGGCUGGGGCAGGCCGAGCGCCGGCAGCGCCUCCUCCGCCUCCAGAGAGAGAGGCGGCUGGACUACGUGAACCAUGCCCGGAGGCUGGCAGAGAACGACUGGGUUGGGGUGGAGAGCGAUGAGGAGGAGGAUGAAGAGGAGGAUGAGGAGGAGGAGAUGGAGGUGGAGAGGAAGCUGCCCAAGCGCUACGCCAACCAGCUGAUGCUGUCCGAGUGGCUGAUCGACGUCCCCGCGGACCUGGAGCAGGAGUGGCUUGCUGUGGUGUGUCCUGUCGGGAAGCGGGCGCUGGUCGUGGCCUCCCGGGGCUCCACAGCAGCUUACACCAAGAGCGGCUUCUGUGUCACCAGGUUCCCCUCGCUGCUCCCAGGGGGAAACCGGCACAAUUCAACAAGUGAGAAAGUGUACUGCAUCUUGGACUGCAUCUACAGCGAGGCGCAGCAGACGUACUACAUCCUCGACGUGAUGUGCUGGAGGGGACACCCUGUGUACGACUGCCAGACUGACUUCAGAUUCUUCUGGCUCUUCUCAAAGAUCCAAGAGGAGGAAGGGCUGGGAGAGAAAAGCAGGAUUAAUCCAUACAAAUUUGUGGGCCUGCAGAAUUAUCCCUGCACCCCGGAGAGCCUGUGCACGGUGCUGGCCGCGGACUACCCGUUCGAGGUCGACGGCCUUCUCUUCUACCACAAGCAAACCCACUACACGCCCGGCAGCACGCCGCUGGUGGGCUGGCUCCGGCCCUACAUGCUGCCCGAGAUCCUGGGGCUGGCCGUGCCCCCCACGGCGCUCACAGCCAAGCCCCACUACGCUGGGCAUCAGCUCCAGCAGAUCAUCGAGAGCAAGAAGAGUAAAAAGCUGGCAGAGGGGCAGCCGAGCACUGCUGGGGACGGGCACUACGAGUUGGAACAUUUGUCUACCCCGCAGCCAGCGGGCUCGCCGGGGGGCCAGGAGGAAGCAGUGAGGAUGGAGAAUUAGGCUGCUGCGGGAGGAGGAAGGAAAAGGUUUCUAAAAGGUUUCUUGCUCCCUUGGGGGGCAGCGAAGGUAAUCGUUAUAGGAUGGCUUUGUGUAAAGGGCAUGGCAGUGCCCUGAGAGCCACUUUUUGGCCUCGCAGAAGCGAGGGCUUCCAUAGGAUCGUCUGCUGCUCUGCUCGGGCACUCACCUGCUGUGAAAUAAAACAACCUGGCCCGAGCUGCAGGGCUCCCAGCUCAGCCCCUGCUUCUGUCCGAGGCUCUGGGAUCCUGCUGCUGGGGCGGGGGUCCUGCUGGCAGCCGUGCCCGCGGGGCGCCGCAGCCUGCUGCCCCAGCUGUUUGCCCAGGCCUUCUCAAUGAAAGUUUUGUGGUCAGCCUGCUUCUAGUAACACAAAUCUGCAGCGGGCCGGCCGUACAGCUGCAGGCAGGGCUUUCCACGCCCACGAGUUGCUGAGAAGCUCGCUCCCCUUGCAUCACAGCUGGCCCUGCCUCUCAGCACGGCUCCGUGCUGCGUGAGCCCCAGCCUGGGCGCCGGGCUUUUCUCGGCAGAGGGAGGAAGGAAUGAUUUCGCUCUCAAAACUGACGGUGCCAAAUAAAAAGGCUUCUCAGAAACGCGAA